AUGAACUCGCCAUUUGAUCCAUCAUAUGAAACUUCAAGAGAAAUUUUGUCGCAGUUGAAAUUCGGUAGUGAUACCCCAGCUCAAUUCGAGACUGAAUUACCAAAAGAAUACCUUGAAGCUGAUCCAAACUCAUUACCUUAUAAAAUGGAAAUCAAAGAGCUACCAACUUAUUCAAGAGUUGAAACCCAAAUCAAGUUGGAUCUAUCCAUAUCUCCACCACCUCCACAAUUCUUGGUUCAUUUGCCAGCUGAUACCAUUGCUAAACAGAAAUUAUGCUUGAAAUCUGAGUUAAGUAACGAAGUCAAAGAAAAUAUGUUGUUUUUGGAUACUUAUGUUUUGACCGCUACUUCUCAAAAAUCUUGUAACAUUUGUGCAAGAUGUGUUAAAAGGGAACAAAAAAGAGCUUCAAGAAGAAAAUCAGGUGUUAGCGAUAACUUGAAUUGGGGUACAAACACUUCUAAACGUGCUGUGAUUUUCAAUUGUAAAGAAGUUAUUUCAUUUCCACCAGCUGUUCAAAAUACAAACACCAAAGACCUUGAAAUUUCAGCUAGAAUUGUUUGUUAUUGCAGACAUCAUCAAGAAUCAAAAGGUUUCAAAUUACUAUUCAUCUUGAAAGAUUCAAAAGAGAACAUUUUAGCUAAACAUGUUUCAAGUUCAAUAAUGAUUAUGGAUAGAAAGAAAACUUUGGAUGAUAACAACACAUCUGCCAAUGAAGCCUCAAAUUCAGUGACGACUGGAACUGUUAAUAACAGUAAUAAUAAUAGUGAUACCAAUCUGAAUAUCCGUUUGAAUGGUCAACCUUUAUCACCAACUUCCAUAGAGGAAGAUAGUUCAGAACCCCAUACAACAGACUCCAGAGUCUUCAAAAGAAAGAGAACUUGGUCUCCAGAACUUUCAGAUGGAUUCAGCAUUGCACCUUCCAGAAAGCCAUCAUAUACUACUAAUGGUGGUGCUGGUGUUAAAAGAGAACCUGUUUCACCAGCUUCUCAAUUAUCAACUAUUGACCAAGGUUUAGCUUCUUCGUCUUCAGCUGCUAUAAAUGGUGGAGCGCAUUCAGUAUCUAGUACAUUACCAACAAUUCAAAGAAUCAUUCCCUCUCAAGGUCCUUUAAGAGGUGGUGUUGAAGUUACAUUACUUGGUUCGAAUUUUAGACAAGGACUUACUGUUAAGUUUGGUAUCAACAAAGCUCUUUCAACACAUUGCUGGAGUGACUCAACUAUUGUUACUUAUUUACCACCAGCUUCACAACCGGGUCAAGUUAUUGUUUCAUUUGAAGAAAAUAGUACUCAACAAGAACUAUCACCAAACAAGAGUUCUGAUAAUUUGAAUACUGCUAUUUUCACUUAUCUUGAUGAUAGUGAUAGACAAUUGAUUGAAUUAGCUUUACAAAUUGUCGGUUUGAAAAUGAAUGGUAAAUUAGAAGAUGCUAGAAACAUUGCAAGAAAAAUCAUUGGCUCAGAUGCCAAUGCAUCUAAUGGUGGUGGCUCUAAUGGCUCAGAAACUUCAAAUGUCAACGUUAACGGUAAUUCAUUCAAUAAUUUACAAUCAUACACUGAUGAAGAGCUGGUUUUACAAGUGAUUAACCUAUUACCAAGUAAUCCAAACUGGUCAUUAUGCACACAAGAGGGCCAAACAUUACUACAUUUGUCAUGUUUGAAAGGUUAUUACAAAUUAGUUUCCUUGUUAAUUAGAAAAGGUGCAAGAGUUGAUUCUAGAGAUGUUAAUGGUUUCACUCCUUUGCAUUUUGCAAGUUUGGCUGGUGACAGAAGUUCAAUUGAACUGUUGAUUAAUUGUAAGGCAAAUCUUUCUGCAAAAUCAAACAACGGAUCAACUCCUGAAGAUGUUGCAGACUCCAAUGUCCUGGAUCUAUUUAAGUAUCAUAGCUCAAUGAUGCAAAGAAAAUUUUCAAACUCUUCAAUCUCAUCUUCAAUCUUUUCAAUUGAUGAUGAUCAAUUAGAUUUCCAUAGUGGUGCUCAUGUUUCAAGAUUGGUUAAUGAUCAUCUAACAGACCAUAGUUUGGAGAGUGAUGAUUACGAUUCAGAGUCUGUUGAAGCUGGUGAUGAAGAAAGUGAUGAUGUUGAUUAUUCUGGUGAAGACGCUGACUAUGAAGAUGAUGAAGAUGACAGUAUCGAAGCUAUUGACUUGCAAAGAAGAAGUACUGUUGGUUCUUCCUCUAGUCUUACACAACCUACUGAUGUUUCAUUGUGGAAUAAAGUUAGAAAUGUUUUCAACAACACCAAUUCAUCAGAUACUGAAGACUUACCAAAAUAUGAUGAUUUGUACCCAUCAUCAACAAAACAUUUCACUAUUCCAAAAUUAAGAUUUACGAAUUCACAAACCGAUUCAACAGCUCAAAGUUCAAACAAUUCAUCAGAUGAAAGUGAAGAUAUUUUUAUCAAAUUUUUCCAUCAACGUAAGAAUGUUCAAAAUGAUAAGAUGUUGUUGUUCUUUUGGUUACCUUUGUUGAUUUUGAUCAUUUCAUUCUUUAUUUUGAUAAAUUCAGGUUGGACUUUCAGUUGGAACGAUCAGUUCCAACAAUUUGUUAGAAGUGGGUUAGGUAAAGUCAUGCUUGGUAAUGAACGUGUGAAAGUUGCUUUUAAUAGACAUUUCAGUCAAAUGAAUGAAGCAGUCACGAGUGUUAUAAACGUUAAUAAUUGA